CAAAAAUUUUGAAUCAAAUGAAAUCAGAAUUACAAGAGCAAAAGCAACAGAAACGUUUACUUCGAGAGUUACACUUAAAACGUGUUCAGUCGUUGAAGAAAGAACUGGAUUAUAUUAAAGCAACGGAGUGGAGAUAUCAGCCAAUUGAUCGGUAUAUGGAUAGGAAUAAUAGAAAUUGAACAUGCUGUCAUUAAUAUAUACUUUUAUAAAAUAUAUCAUAGGAUAUAAGUUAUCUAGUAAAAAUGAUACUGAUGAAAUCAGCAGCGUUGUAGCUCGUAUUGAGAAUGCUUAUGAAAAAGAUAUAAAGGGAAAUGAGUUCUUUAAUAAAAAUGAUUGUUGUUAUAAGACUGGAAAAAUUACUCUUAUCACCACUGAUUAUGUCAUGGUUGAUAGUUUUUAUGUAUGCGAUGCAGCAAAUAUCUCUACAGUAAAUAAUCUUAAAGUGGGCGAUAAAGUUUAUUAUUUGAGUUUAAAAGAGGGUUAUGAAAAUGAACAUAAAAUAAAAGAGAUUAUAUUUGCAACAGAUGAUUCAUGGGAUAAUGCAAUUACAAAGUCUCAAACAGAAUUUAUUGAAACACAAAUAUCAAUUAAAUCUAUGAUUGGGAAAGUAUUGACAUGCAAGAACCGAGAGUUAUUUGUUGAACCUAAUAAUAUUUGUGUCAAUUUAAAUAAAGUGCAGUCGGAAUUUGUUCCUGUAAUUGGAGAUUGGUUACAGAUAGAAGCAGAAAUAAAAGUUAAUAGUGAAAGUUAUGAUUCACAAGAAGAAAUCUUGCAGAUAAGAAGAAUAAAACCUUUACGGUCGAAAUUGGAUAUUGGAACUAUAUCUAGUUAUGACUCGGUCAAAGAAAUUGGUACUAUUGGAAAGGAUAUCGUAUUUAACAAAAGGAUAUGUGACUCCGGUUAUAUUCCUUGCGUCGGUGAUAAAGUAAUUAGUGAUAGCAUUGAAAGUGAUCAAGGGUUUUAUACUUGGAGGUCAUUAACUGUAGUUCCAAUGGUUCAGGCUUCAAAAAAGCAUACCCUGCCAAUGUUAUGGAAGGCACCUUUAACAAAACAAAAUGUAAAUACGCUCACAAAAAAUAAAUGUGGCAUAAUAAUCACAAAUAACUUAAAUAUCGAUUUAAAUAUAUCAGAAGAAAAGAUUGUGACUGUUACGAUACAAAAUGUGGGCAAUACUUCUCAUGUAUUACAAAAAGGUUGUUUUAUGAUCAAGAAAGCUCAGUCGCAAUUAGAAUUAAUACAGCCUAAAAUAGAUACGAUUUCAGUACUAAAUCCUUCUGAUACUUUAAUUUAUACAUUUAAAUGUAAAGCAAAAUUUGUUGGUACAAGUGAAGAAUUAUAUAUCUUCAGUUUUAAAGAUUUUGAAAUUGGAAGGAUCUUUUAUAUAACAGUUAAACCUAAAAAUAUACAUAAUAAAGUAUAUUCUAAGAGCAGCAAUAUUAAAACCAAUGGAUGUCAUAUAUCAGAUUUGGGUGACUGGAAUCAGUCAAUGUAUAUUCCAGGCGUUCGUUCAUGUAAACCACCGUCGUUCAUUAAAGUACGCAAUGUGAUGUUCAAAGUUCCUAAACAUUACUGGGACAUAAUAUUGCAAUGUAUAAAUGAUGGAAAAUCCCAAACAGAAUGUACAUAUGCUAUGGGGAAUGCUAUACCUAUUCUAUUAAGUAAACUUACCUUUCAAUCGUACAAAGAUCGUUUUCACGCUUUAUUAUAUUUAGAAGAAAUUGCUCAAGUAAUAAACAUGCAACAAUACAGCAUUGAAACCACAAUUAUGAGACCAUCUGGAGAAUAUCUAGUAAUGCAAGUACCUGGCCUUGCUGAGAAACGUCCAUCUCUAAUUGUUGGUGACAGAGCUAUAGUAUCUUUUAAAUGGGAUAAUUCUCAAGUAGGAAAACGGAAGUAUGAAGGGUUUAUUCACAAAGUUACAAGUUCAGAGAUUUUUUUGAAAUUUAAUGAGAAAUUUCAUCAGGAAUACAACUGUGAGGACUGUCAAGUAAUGUUUAAAUGUUCACAAUCUGCUGUGCAACGUUGUCAUAAUGCUAUUAACAUGGCUACUUGCCGUUUGGGUUCUAACUUUUUAUUUCCCACUCAUGUGAUUGAAAAAGAUUCUCAAUUAAAUCUUGAAGAAAUUGAAUUAUUAAAUGAGACAAUACCAAAACAGAUUAUUCAUCAGCGGACUGAUUCCAUAUCAUCGGAAUCUUCUUGUACAAGUACUAACACAUCCAUGAGCAAUAAAUCUAGUAAUACAUCAAAGUCGUCUAAAAGAAUGUCAGUUGUAGAAAGAUUGUUUAAUGUGAAAUCAAUAGAACAAAAUUCAGAACUUACAACUACCUCUGCUAUAACAAUAAAAGAUAAUCAAUCUAUUGAAACUAACACAGCAAAAAAUGAAUCGAGAGCAGGAAAGAAUGCAGAAAACUCUACACCAAUUUUUUCUGAGGAUACUGAAUUAGAACCAUAUAUUUCGCAAGUUAGAAAAAGAAAAUUAAUUUGGUUUAAUAAAAGUUUAAAUUACUAUCAGAAGGAAGCUGUAAGAAACAUUUUGAGAGGACAUGCACGACCAUUACCUUAUAUAAUUUUCGGACCUCCUGGCACUGGGAAAACUAUUACUCUUUGCGAAGCAAUUUUACAGAUAUUAUCAACCAUAUCAAACAGCCGACUGUUAAUUGCAACACCAUCUAAUAGUUCAGCCAAUCUGAUAGCAGAAAGACUUCUAGAUAGUGGUGUUCUCAAACCUGGUGACAUGGUACGACUUGUAGCUCAUCAUUGUUUGGGCAGUGAUUCUAUAUCUGACAAAUUGUUGCCGUACUGUGCUACUGCAGAAUUAGCUGAAGAGAGAACACAUGAAAGAACAAAGUACGAUGGAUUUGGACCAAGAUUAAAUUGUACUAUGAGCACACUUGGACGUCAUAGAAUUACUAUUGGUACAUGUACUGCAUUAGGAAUAUUGCAUAAUAUAGGCUUUCCUCAUGGACAUUUUACACAUGUAUUAAUUGACGAAGCUGGUCAGGCAACAGAACCAGAAAUUAUGAUUCCACUGAAUUUCAUACAUUCCGAUUAUGGACAAGUAGUACUUGCGGGGGAUCCAUUGCAACUUGGUCCAGUUGUACAAAGUAAAAUAGCCAAUACUUUUGGUUUAGACGAAUCGUUUUUAGUAAGAUUAUUGCAACACUUUCCAUAUCAAAAAGACCCAAGUGGUUUUCAAACUAAUUAUGAUCCUCGUCUAGUCACAAAAUUAGUUAUUAAUUAUCGAAGUUUACCGGAGAUAUUGGAAUUGUCAAGUUCUAUGUUCUAUGAUUCUGAAUUAAUAUCACAAAUAUCCUCCAAAAGAAGCAAAGAAGCAAAACUUUUACGUACAUUAGCUGCUGAAUUACCGGAAAGGAAAGAUUCACCACCGACUAUAGUUUUUCAUGGUGUAAAUGGAGAGAAUCGUAAAGAUAAUGACAGUCCUAGUUGGUAUAACCCGGAAGAAGCCACACAGGUAUAUCUUUACUUGUUGAAAUUAUAUAAAUGUGGUCUUUCACCGAAUGAUAUUGGAAUCAUAACUCCUUACCAAAAACAGGUUCUUGAAAUUCGAGAUUUACUUAUGCAAUUGGAUGUGGAGUUACCAAAAAUAAGUAGUGUUGAAGGAUUUCAAGGUCAGGAACGUAAUGUUAUCAUUAUUUCAGUUGUAAGGUCUUCAAACGAUUUCAUAAAUGAUGAUAUUAAACACUCUCUUGGGUUUGUUGCGUGUCCUCGAAGACUCAAUGUUGCAAUUACACGUGCUCGUGUUUUAGUAAUAGUUUUAGGAUGCCCAAGACUAUUAGCUCAAGAUCCGUAUUGGAGGAACGUGUUAAAAUAUUGUAUCGACCAAGAUUCUUACACUGGUUGCAGUUUUGUGUUUUCUGGUACAGAAGAUUCAUAGACAGAAUUUAUCAUUUUAUUUGACAAAACGACUAUUUCAUAAUGACUUAUAAUAAUAUUAGAAAAUCUUGAACAUUUUAUGUACAUCAAGGUAUUCGUUAUUGAAUUUUAAAAUUACAUUUCUUUUGUACACAGGAUUUUAUAUUUUCCAUCAAUUCUUACACAGAAAUAAAUGAUAUCAUUAAUGACUACUUAUAAUAUCUUUUCAAAAUUACUUUAUUUUUGAAUAUGUCAAUUCAUGUUUUUAAUAUAAAAUGUACGAUAAAGUUUUUCAUGGAAGGUAUGGAUUUAUACAGUUUUAUGUUUUCAAAAAUUCUUCCGCUUGUUCGAUUACAAUUUUCGCAUUAAACAUGUUUUUCCAAUAUCUAUUACAAAACGUUCGAUAUGGAAAGUAUAUAUUUUUUUUAAUACAAGUAUUUAAUUCUCUUUUUUUCACAUUUCUAAGUAUGAAACAUACGAAUACAUAUUACAAGUAGUUUUUGUAUCGCAAUGUGUGCAUAUAUGUAUUCAUGAAAUAUUCAUGCAAAUAUAUUUUUAUUCAUAGCAUUUUCUUUUUUGUAAAAUAUAUAUGAAUAAAAAUAUAUUAUUUUUACGAAUAAAUCUUUGCACGGACUUCCUUACGAACAUAUGCUUUGAGUGUUGAUAUUCUGCUUGUACUUGGAGAUAAUUCAAAUACUAUGUUUAAUAGUAUCGUUGAGAAUUAUGUCACGAUAUCAUAAAUCCAAAUUCCAAGAAUUUUGAUACUGUAAAGAAAGUUUUUGUAUAAUACAUAUAAAUAAGAGAAUUUAAAAAAGUUAGAUUCUUUCUUUUCGUGUUUGAUUUAGAAAUAUAAGAAUUACUUGAUGAAUGGACAAUACCUUGUAAAUUGUAUAUAUACACCUGACCCUCGAUUUACGCGAAAAUCCGUUCCACGUAGAUUUGUCUUACGUGAAAGAAAAUCACGUAAAUAGAGACUGUCCAUAUAAAAGAAAAUAAAAUAUUAGAACGAAAAGCUGAUAUAGGUUUUACAAAUACAUAUUUAUUUCAUACAGCCAAACAAAAGAAAUAAUAAUGACAUUUCAGGAAAAAAAGUACAAUUUAUUUGAUUUGACUAAAUCCAGAUCACGCAAAAGAACUACUGCGUAAAAAAGGAACCUGCGUAAAUUGAGGGCCGAGUGUAUCAUUCAAUGUUAGUGUAAUUCUUAAUUUAAUAGUUCAUUUUUAAAAAGGCUAAUAAACAAAUAUUAGUAUAAUACAAUUCUCCUUUUAUUUUCAUUAUACGAGAGUAACAUAUGCAUAGGAUACAGUAAUGUUGUUAAGAAAUUAAUCUUGUAGCGAUUAAAAAGAAAAAGUGAGUGAGAAAUGAUUGAACAAUAUUGAAUUAAAGUUGUUAAUAAAAGAUCAUAUUUCUUGAUGAAGAGAAUUAUUUUGAAUCAAUAAGAAGACGGAAAAGAGGGGAAAGUAGUAAUGCAUGAAAAAUGAUUUUGAAUGAUACUAACCUUCCUUAGUUCCACACUAUACUUACAGGGUCCUGAUUUUUAGCUUUUAACUUGCGUUCAAUUAAGUUACCCAACGCUUCGCUUCGCACGCUUAGCGUUUCUACUUUUUCAAUUAACUGUUGAUAAGGUGAUGCAGGCUGUCCACCCAUUACAACGUGACCUAAUUUACUGUCUAUUUUGGCAUCUAAUCUUGCAUUCCGUAUUAAAUUAACAAUCCAACAUUCAGCUACAUCUGCUUUCAUAUUUAAUUUCUCUGCC